ACAAACUCCUCUGCCUACCUCGUCCUUCCCUGGGACACCACACCAGGGGCCAGGGCUGCUGGGGACCCUGGGCGCCGGCCCUCAUCAUGCAUUGCCUGUGGAGCUGGAUGACAGCCAAGGCUACGAGAGGCACAGGGACCCCACCGCCUGUGGUGCUGCGAGAAGCCCGAAGCCUGGACCAGCCUGGGCUGGAGGGUCGCGAGGAGAUCCUUCGUGAGCUCACGCUGGAUGCCCUGCUGGACAUGAACGAGGCCAAGGUGAAGGAGACGCUGCGGCGCUGCGGGGCCAACGCCGAGGAGUGCGGCCGCCUGCAGUACGCCCUGACCUGCCUGCGGAAGGUGACCGGCCUAGGAGGGGAGCACAAAGAGGACUCAGGCUGGAGUUCGUUGGAUGCCCAGCGGGAAAGCAGCUCCGGGAUUUCAGUGGACACCCUCUCUCCAGCCAGUCCCUGGCCCCUGGGGAGCUCCCAGUUGGGCAGAAUGGGCAGUGGUGCCCAGGGCCCACGUUCCAUCUCUGUGUCAGCUCUGCCGGUCUCGGACUCCCCAACCCCCGGCCCCGGUGAGGGCCUCUCGGACCCCUGUAUCCCCCUGCACGCCGGUGGCCGGCUGAACCCCCGUGCCCUGCACAGCUUCAUCACCCCGCCGACCACGCCCCAGCUCCGACGGCACACCAAGCUGAAGCCGCCGCGGACGCCACCCCCGCCCAGCCGCAAGGUCUUCCAGCUGCUGCCCAGCUUCCCCACGCUCACCCGGAGCAAGUCCCACGAGUCUCAGCUGGGGAACCGCAUUGAUGAGGUCUCCCCGAUGAGGUACGUGUUCCUGCCUGGCUGGUUUGUCCCCUGGUUUCUCUGGGGCUUUGUGGGGACCCUUCUCCAUCCCAGUCCCUCUGAGACUUUUCGUGUGUCUACCCCCUGCAGGUUCUCCACCAAGUCCUGGCUGUCGCAGGUCUGCCACGUGUGCCAGAAGAGCAUGAUGUUUGGAGUGAAGUGCAAGCACUGCAGGUUGAAGUGUCAUAACAAGUGUACAAAAGAAGCCCCCGCCUGUAGAAUAUCCUUCCUUCCACUACCCAGGCUUCGGAGGACAGAAUCUGUCCCCUCGGACAUCAACAAUCCUGUGGACAGAGCAGCUGAGCCUCAUUUCGGAACCCUCCCCAAAGCACUGACAAAAAAGGAGCACCCUCCAGCCAUGAACCACCUGGACUCCAGCAGCAACCCAUCUUCCACCACAUCUUCCACGCCCUCCUCGCCGGCACCCUGCCCAGCAUCAUCCAACCCAUCCAGUGCCACCACGCCCCCCAACCCCUCGCCCGGCCAGCGGGACGGCAGGUUCAACUUCCCAGCUGCCUACUUCAUUCAUCAUAGACAGCAGUUUAUCUUUCCAGACAUUUCAGCAUUUCCCCCGGCAGCCCCGUUCCCUGACACAGCAGACAGUGCCCGGCUUGAUGACCCACCAAAAGCAGACGUGUUGGAGGAUCACGAAGUGGAGGCCGAGGAGCCGGAGGCCGGCAAGUCCGAGGCGGAAGACGACGAGGACGAGGUGGACGACUUGCCGAGCUCCCGCCGGCCCUGGCGGGGCCCCAUCUCUCGCAAGGCCAGCCAGACCAGCGUGUACCUGCAAGAGUGGGACAUCCCCUUCGAGCAGGUGGAGCUGGGCGAGCCCAUCGGGCAGGGCCGCUGGGGCCGGGUGCACCGGGGCCGCUGGCACGGCGAGGUGGCCAUCCGCCUGCUGGAGAUGGACGGCCACAACCAGGACCACCUGAAGCUGUUCAAGAAGGAGGUGAUGAACUACCGGCAGACGCGGCACGAGAACGUGGUGCUCUUCAUGGGGGCCUGCAUGAACCCGCCGCACCUGGCCAUCAUCACCAGCUUCUGCAAGGGACGGACGUUGCACUCGUUUGUGAGGGACCCCAAGACGUCUCUGGACAUCAACAAGACUAGGCAGAUCGCCCAGGAGAUUAUCAAGGGAAUGGGCUACCUACACGCCAAGGGCAUCGUGCACAAAGAUCUCAAAUCCAAGAACGUCUUCUACGACAACGGCAAAGUGGUCAUCACAGACUUCGGGCUGGAUGUGUCAGGCUGACUGAAAGUCCUUGCCCUUCUUGGCUUCUUGGCUUCCAGGCGGGAGAACCAGCUGAAGCUGUCACAUGACUGGCUGUGCUACCUGGCCCCCGAGAUCGUGCGGGAGAUGACCCCCGGGAAGGACGAGGACCAGCUCCCGUUCUCCAAAGCUGCUGACGUCUAUGCGUUUGGGACUGUUUGGUAUGAGCUGCAAGCAAGAGACUGGCCCUUGAAGAACCAAGCUGCAGAGGCCCUGAUCUGGCAGAUUGGAAGUGGAGAGGGCAUGAGGCGAGUCCUGGCCUCCGUCAGCCUGGGGAAGGAAGUCACGGAGAUCCUGUCCGCCUGCUGGGCCUUUGACCUGCAGGAGAGGCCCAGCUUCCCCCUGCUGAUGGACAUGCUGGAGAAACUGCCCAAGCUGAACCGGCGGCUCUCCCAUCCGGGGCACUUCUGGAAGUCUGCUGAGUGA